CAACCCUCGAACUGGAUUCAGCCCAUUUGCCCACACCACCCUUUCUGCCUCUUAACCUCUUUUUUUUUUUUUUUUUUUCUUUUUUUACGAACCAGACGAAGAGCCUCAAUUCGUAAUAUUCCGUGCGGCCGGUGUCGAUCUAUCUCCUAACCCCAGUUCUCAUAACCCGUUGGCGCACUAGCCAAUACUGAUCCCAUUAUCCAUACUAGAAACUUCAACUUUUUUCACCCAACCCAUAACCGCAGAUUGUUUGACAGAAAAGCUGUCGGCUUAGACUCUUCUCCCGUAACGGGUCAUGUUUUGUCGGACUAUCCGCCAUGAUUAUGUAUGGAGGCAUGGACGAUUCUGUCGAUCCUAAUGAUGCCACCACUUACGACCUCCCUCCUCUUACAUCGUCACCCUCAAUGGAAAGGCUCACUAGCUCAGUAACGCCUAAUUCUCACAAUUUCGACAACAUAUUUUCAUUUGGUCCAUCUUCUUCUCUUGAUACCGUUGAGCCUUCAUCACUAGAUCUCCAUCAUACAUCUCACGAUGAUACUUGCCUGGAUAAGUGCGUAGGCACCCUGAACCCUCUGGGGAUUCAUCGAAAUCCGUAUGGCCCGUCUUUCCCUCCGAGAUCCCGGUUUACCGUCUCGGCUUUCACAUACCCUUACCAUCUACCGGAGAACAAUACCUUCCAGCAAUCGAUGCCGCAAUUCAACCAUUUAUAUCCGGAUCCUUUUCCCGACAUGGGCUUGAAGUAUGGCUUAAAUCAAGAUAUCAGGCCAGGACAUCAUGGCUCUUUCAGCGAAUCACUCCUCGGCAACAACUUCAACACUGCGGACUUGGGGCUUCCACAGUGUCCUGUUCCUGACGACUGCGCUUCCGUGAAUUGUAGCAAAUUUUCGUGCUCAAGCGACUGCUGCUCCACCCAAGUCUGCCAAGAAGAGGAAUGCUCAGGAGAUGGUACCCCUUGCGAUGACUUGCACUGCUUCGACAGUACGGCGCAAACUUUAGAAGAUAUAUGGGCUCUGAACCAAGGCUGGAAUAAUCCCGUACCAUCAGAGUUAGCCUCGAGUUCGCACAAUCAACAUUGCAGCCACACGAAUACCGAGCACGACGUUGCCAUCACCUUGAGAGACUUAAGGGCACCGGGUGCUUUAAGUUCCCCACAGCAGCAACAUGAGUUCCAACAACAGUUCGAAUGUCGCUUCCUUGAUACACCUGAGCACCAACUAGGCGCCGCUCAACAACUCUCUUUGCCCGUCCACUCUCAUCCAAGCUUGUCAUGUACCCCUGAAUUAGAUUCAAUACCGACUCCUACGAAUGAACCUUUUAAUGGAGUUGAAGGUACAUCUCAACUCGUAUGCCAGUGGAUAAUAUCUCCAGGAGGAGAGGGCAAAGAGAUCUGCGGUCAUGUUUGCAAGGAUAGCUAUUCCCUUCAUGAGCACCUAUGCAGCGACCACGUCUCCUUGCUGACAAGCAAGACGAAAUAUCUAUGUCUCUGGCAAGGUUGCCCCCGCCGGGGUGACCAAGUGUUUGCCUCUCGUAACAAGCUACGGCGCCACCUUGCAACACACACUGCUUACAAACCGCAUAAGUGCGCAAUAUGCGGCGAAGGAUUUUCAGCACAGCAGGCCCUCGACCAACAUGUUAGAACGCACACGGGUGAGACGCCAUACAAGUGCGACUUCGAAGGUUGUGGCAAGUCUUUCAAGCAGAAGAGUGCUCUAACUAUGCAUAAGCGCACUCAUACCGGUGAGAAGCCGUUAGAAUGUGACAUAUGCGGCAAGUGCUUCUGCGAAUCCUCCAACCUCUCGAAACAUCGGAAGACGCACAACCCGGAUUACAAAUUCAAAUGCGACGAGCCCGGCUGUACAAGCCAGUUCAUCCGAAUCGACCAGCUACGAAGACAUCAGGCCAGACACGAGAGGCCGAAGAAAAAGCAGAAGACCCGGAUAGCGGCAGGCCCAACGAUAUGGCCUUUGUCGCCGGAGACACCGCGGGACACCGUCUUGGAGCAGGAGUCUUCUAUACAAGCUUAGGAGCCUUGCUUGGAUGUAUCCUUAUCUUACAUUUGCUUAGGAACGAGGUACGAAGCAAAGAGUGAAGUGCAUUUUGAGAGGCUCUCGGUCAGUGAGAGCAAUAUGAUUGGGUGUUUAGCAUU